GGAGACUAUCUCGAGUUCCAAUGGCCGACAACAGUACUUGCGCCGCCGCCGCCGCCUUGGCGAUGGAGGAUGAGACGAAACCUCAGCUGAGUAAGUGUUUGGCCGACGUAGCAGACGAGACGGAGGAAGCGGAGGCAUCAUCGACCUCCAGUAUGGACUCUCUAGCCAUGGAUGAGUCCAAAAGUGUCUACAAAACCCUCUCUGACCCUGACGACGCCAGUAUCGAAGCUGUUACAUCUGGCGAUACUUUGUAUAAAUCCGCCAAAAGGUUCGAAGACUUGAACUUGACUCCGGAGUUGCUGAAGGGAUUAUAUGUGGAGAUGAAGUUUGAGAGGCUGAGUAAAAUUCAGGGAAUCUGUCUGCCUAUGAUACUCACUCCGCCGAACAAGAAUCUUAUUGCCCAGGCUCACAAUGGAUCCGGUAAGACGACGUGCUUUGUGCUUGGAAUGUUGAGCCGAGUUGAUCCCAAGCUCGCUGCCCCUCAGGCUCUCUGUAUUUGUCCCACUAGAGAACGUGCCAUUCAGAAUAUAGAAGUUAUGUUGAAGAUGGGGAAGUAUACUGGUAUAACAUCAGAAUUGGCAAUACCAGCAGAUCCUGCCAACUAUAUUCCAAUAAAUAAACGACCUCCUGUUACAGCUCAAGUUAUAAUUGGUACCCCUGGAACCAUACAUAAGUGGGUCGUAGCAAAGAAGCUGGGCACAAGUUGUAUGAAGAUUCUUGUGUUUGAUGAGGCAGACAACAUGUUAGCAGAGAGUGGCUUUCAGGAUGACUCCAUAAAAAUAAUGAAGGCUAUUGUCAGAGGCAAAGCCAAUUGCCAGGUGCUCCUGUUUUCCGCAACCUUAAAUGGAACUGUCGAGGGUUUUGUGCCGAAAAUUGUUAAAGACCUCUUUGUAAAAGAUUACAAUCAUCUUGUUGUAAAGAAGGAAGAACUUUCACUGGAGUCUGUGAAGCAGAAUAAGGGACAAUGCCCUGAUGAACUUUCAGAGGUCAUGGUGAUUAAGGAUAAAAUACUUGAAUUGGCGCGAAAGGUUUCAACAAUUCAAGGUGCUCUGAAGCAAGAAGACAGAGAUAAAAUUAUCAACGAGUUGAAGGAAGAUCUUACACAAGUUCUUAUAUCAACGGAUCUUCUUGCUCGGGGAUGUGACCAAUCACAUGUCAAUUUGGUUAAUUGUGAUCUUCCUGUGCAAUAUGGCCAUUGGACUGGCAGAGCAGGACCUUUUGGCUGCAAAGAUAUGGCGGAGUCCCAUGAGUCACGUGCAGACCUCGUUCGUCGCUUGAAUGGUCGCGAUGCUGCCAAGAGACAAAUGAUGGGCGAGAGUAGCCUAGCUCCUCCAGCAACUCAGGUUCCUUCCUUGCGCAACCAGGAUACGAGCUCGAGCUUGACUCUUUCCACGACUCACUCGGUUGACCCUAUGAUUUAUGCUCCAGUACCCCCCAUGCGAGAGGCCCUCGUUCGCUAUGUUGCCAAUGAUGAGGUUUUGGGGUUCAUUCAGGCCCGUUUGGCGAUUGAGAUGAGAGCUCGCCUGGAAGUGGAGUCCAAGCUAAAGGAGUUGAAGGUGAAACUUAUGGAUUUAGAGGACAAGUGUGCCUGGUUAGUUGCUUGGCGUGUCCGGAAACAAAAGGCACAUAAGGAGGCCCUUACCACGAUGUUGUCGCGCUACCGGAGCUCCAAGGCCUUCAGGGAGGAUGUGAAGACUUACAUCACUAAACAUGUGAAUGAGGUCUUCGAGAAUUUGAUGAGCAUCACAGCUGGGAGGGAGCUUGUAACCAUGGAGGGGAUGAUGAUGCAUGAUGUGGGGGAGUAUACUAUGCAACAAAGGAUCUACUCGGUUCUUCGCCAGAGGGAUGAGACCUUCGACCCCAAGGCAUGGGGUCUCCCUGCCGAGUUUGCAAACCCCGAGUUUCCUAUCGAGCUCAUUGACGCAAUUGAUGCCAGGACUUGUUCGACCUCACCUUGCACUCGGCCACCGGUCAUCCUCUCUUCGCAGACUUGCUUUGCAACCUUUAACACGGCUCCCGAAUCGACCCCUUUGGACUAGAUCCAUAUCCUGGACACCAUAGAUGACCUCGCUCAGGCGACCGGGGAGGGGAGAGAUGCAGGCUCACCCGCGAGACUUAGUAGCUUUUAGUUUUUCCUUGCUUCCUUUUGAUUGUGCACGCUGAACACAUUGUGUUUGUUACUUAUCAUGUUUUGCUUCCUUUUGAUUGUGCACGCUGAACACAUUGUGUUUGUUACUUAUCAUGUUGCACAAACUAUUUCUUCCAUGUACGAAUUACUUUUUUUGGUCCAUGACAUUGAUGGUUUAUUUAUGGUUUACUUCCUUGAGUUUUUUAUA